AUGCAGUGGACUGUCGCGCUUGAGGGCGGACCUCGCCGCGUCAACCACGCUGCCGUUGCGAUCGGCGAUAGGAUUUUUUCCUUUGGUGGCUACUGCAGCGGUGAGACGGUCGACCCUGAGCAACCAAUUGAUAUUCACAUGUUAGACACUAAUACAUAUCGAUGGAUUUCUGUGAAGGCACAUUCCUCAGAUAUCGAAGAAGACGACAUGGAACCAUUGAGAUCAUUACCAUAUCAGCGUUACGGACAUACGGUUUGUGCAUAUCGAGGACGAGCUUAUUUAUGGGGUGGCAGAAAUGAUGACUAUGGAGCGAGCUCGACCCUCCAUGAGUUCGAUCCUGUGCUGCUCCGUUGGCGUAUUGUUCCUGUCGAGGGUCGCGUUCCACCAGCCAGAGAUGGCCACUCGGCAGUGGUUGUUGGCGAUCGCAUGUUCCUUUUCGGUGGAUUUGAAGAAGAUCUGCAACGAUUUAGCCAAGAAACCUAUGUGUUUGACUUCCUGACAAACCGAUGGAGCGAGUUCAAUACAACGGGUCAGCCACCGCUUUGGCGUGAUUUUCAUACUGCUGUGGCGAUUGAUAGCAAAAUGUACAUCUUCGGUGGAAGAAGCGAUUACACGGGACAGUUCCAUUCAACACGAGAUAUGUAUGAUGAGCGGUUGAAGGCUUUAGAUUUGCGAACAGGCGAAUGGUCCGAUCCUAUUUGCAACGGCGUUGGACCAUCCGGUAGACGAAGUCAUUCGGCAUGGACCUAUGGUGGAAAGAUGUACAUUUUUGGUGGUUACCUUGGUACUCAAAAUAUGCACUAUGAUGAUCUGUUCUCGUUCGAUCCAUUAACGAAUCACUGGGAGAAAAUUAAGACCUCCGGACGAAUGCCAUCUGCUCGUCGUCGUCAAUGCACUGUGGUCGUAGGCAGUCGAGUGUUCUUGUUUGGCGGAACAAUGUAA